UAUUUGUGAGGCCAGAACCGUAUGCGGUGCAUUUGAGCCCAGCGCCCGAAUCAGCCACACCAGCCUCCUCUCUCUCUCCUCUCUCCAUCUCCAUCUCCACCUCCACCUCUCCCCUCCUCUCCUCUCCUCUCCUCUCCUCUCCUCCUCUCCUCCUUUUUUUUUUGGUUGGUUUUUUUUCCCCCCCGAAGUUUGCAUUUAUUUUUUUUAAUUUUUUUUUUGGAGGCUCAGCCACCCGCCCACCCCAGAAAGCAGCCAUGGACGCCAUCAAGAAGAAGAUGCAGAUGCUGAAGCUGGACAAGGAGAAUGCCCUUGACAGAGCCGAGCAAGCAGAAGCCGACAAGAAGGCAGCCGAGGACAGGAGCAAACAGCUUGAGGAUGACAAUGUGCAAUUGGAAAAGAAGUUGCGUGCGGUGGAGGACGAGAGAGAUAAAAUUUUGGAAGAUUUCCACAAAGCUGAGGAGCGCCAACUGGUGGCGGAGGAGAACGCAACUAAGCUGGAGGAUGAGUUAGUAGCUUUGCAGAAGAAGCUGAAGGGCACUGAAGAUGAGCUGGACAAAUAUUCUGAAGCCCUGAAAGAUGCUCAGGAGAAGUUGGAGCUGGCUGAGAAGAAAGCCACUGAUGCUGAAGCUGAUGUCGCCUCCCUGAACAGACGUAUCCAGCUGGUUGAGGAAGAGUUGGAUCGUGCCCAGGAGCGCCUGGCUACUGCUCUGCAGAAGCUGGAGGAGGCCGAGAAGGCUGCAGAUGAGAGUGAGAGAGGUAUGAAGGUUAUUGAGAACAGAGCCCUGAAGGAUGAAGAGAAGAUGGAAUUGCAGGAGAUCCAGCUUAAAGAGGCUAAGCACAUUGCUGAGGAGGCUGACCGCAAAUAUGAAGAGGUUGCACGUAAACUGGUGAUCAUUGAGAGUGACUUGGAACGCACUGAAGAGCGUGCUGAACUUUCAGAGUCUAAAUCUGCUGAGCUUGAAGAAGAGUUGAAAACUGUGACCAACAACCUGAAGUCAUUGGAGGCUCAGGCUGAGAAGUACUCGCAAAAGGAAGACAAGUAUGAGGAAGAGAUUAAAGUGCUGAGUGACAAAUUGAAGGAGGCUGAAACUCGCGCUGAGUUUGCUGAGAGGACAGUAGCCAAGUUGGAAAAAUCCAUUGAUGACUUAGAGGAGAAAUUGGCGCAAGCCAAAGAAGAGAACCUAGGCAUGCAUCAGAUGCUCGAUCAAACACUACAGGAACUUAAUAAUUUGUGAACUGCCUUGAUUGUCGCAAACUGGUUGCCUCAGCUUGCUAUAACCCACCUUGUUAGAAAACAAUUGCACCUUUGGUUUUACACGGACAUCUAACAAAGAAGCAGGCAGCCAGUGGUUGGGACAAUUUGGUAAUAAGUGGUAAGCCAUAUGAUGAUGAUAUGAUGGUAUCCCAAAUGUAGGUUGAAUACAUUACUUCCAAAUUCCACAAUUGCUACAUUUUUUAAAAAUUCCAAAUAUUUUCUAAAGUGCCAGUGGGUACAGACCAUUUUUUGAUAAUUUAGCACCGUUUACUUUUUAUCUGUUAAGUUUUUUUCCCCUAUUUUAAUUUUUUGAUAUUUGCCAGAAAUGACCCACUAUGUUCCUGCAUUUUAAGUCACUUGCCCAUUUUUCUGUGGGCAAAGCACUGGCAACUGGAUAAAGGAGGGUGGGGCACUAUUUCAGCCCCUCACAUGUAAAACACUGUUUUUAAACAUUUGGUGUCUAAACAGGGGUAAAAACAUAAUUAUUAAUAUAAACACUUAGAAACUGCAGCUGACUAUGUUGCCUCCAUUUUGUACAUUUUUUUGUAAUGAAUAUGCACAUUUUUGUUGUACCUUUGUGAUUAAAUAAUUGGUUUAAAAUUUUGACUAAUUUAAAAAGUGCUGCAUUUUAAUUCAACAUUCCCUUGCAAUGGUUUGAAAUGUAAUGGGUAUUUUAACGUAAUUUGAAAGUACUGUAACUUGCCAUCAAAUACAAUAAUCCACAGCUGUUUUCGACAAAGUACAUCACUGUUAAACUGACGUAUAUAAAGCAUCAAAUUUUAAAAAUUAUGCAGAUAUACAAUGAUAAUGUUGCACGAAAAAAAUUCACAGCAUAGAAUGAUGAAGGCACCACAUAGAAUGUGUCUGAUAAAACUUCAGAUUCUGGAUUCCAUUGUUAAUCGAGGGGUUCUCUAGANUUUUUUUGCCAAUUUGUGGACAUUAACUACGAUGGGAUACACCAGUGGGAAUUAAUCUUAUCAGUGAGUUUGUUGAUGUGAAGCCUAAACGACACAACUCAGAUUAAUUCCCAUUCCAUUAAAUGCUUUGCUGGAGAUCGUACAAAUGUGUUGAUGACUAAACUUUGGAAGACUGUUUAGACCAAUAUUUUGUUGUAAAUGGUAACAAUGAAACAUUCUGGUAAUGCCUCGCCUACUUUUGCACGCUUCAAUUGUGAAAGGUUUUAAUGUAUGCCUGCCUGUAAACUUUGUGCCAAGGUAAUAAAAACACAUUUAUGAGAUUUUGUAAA